GUCAUUGUAAGGGUCAUGAACAACAGAUCUGCAUAAUUUACAGAUAUAAUAUCAUAUGAAAACAAAUUGAACACGUCAACAGGAUUUCUCACAUAAAAAUCAAGAAGGUAUCAAGAUGAAUUAUGCUCGCUUUUUCAACAAAGUCAGUUUGGCGAGGAAGCCAUCACCCAUCAGGGUCCUGACUGAGAUAAUACAGAACAGUCCCAAGUCAUUGAUCAGCAUGGCUGGUGGAAUGCCUAAUGUGGAGACUUUUCCUUUCACAGAGGCAACCAUAACUCUAAAGAAUGGAUCUAAACUACACCUGGAUCAAACAGCCAUGAACAAAUCUCUGCAAUACUCUGCAACUUCAGGAUUGCCCAUGCUACACCAGUGGGUCAGUGAGCUCCAGACCAAUGUCCACCAUCCUCCAGACAACGGACACCCAAUGACUUGUGUCAUCACUAACGGUAGUCAGGAUGGACUCUGUAAGGCAUUUGAAGCUUUUGUGUCUCCAGGUGACAAUAUUCUGUUAGAACACCCAGUCUAUCCUGGCUCGCUAGCUGCAGUUCAGCCACUGGGCAGUAAUCUGAUCCCAGUCCAUUCGGAUGGGGAUGGUAUUGAUCCAGAUGACCUCCGUCAGACCUUAUCUCGUUGGAGUCCUGGGGAUGCCAAAGACCCAGAAAGUGACAUUCCUAAGGUGUUGUACUGUAUCCCAAAUGGAGGAAACCCUACAGGAUCUGGUCUGACUCUACAAAGGAAAAAGGAAAUUUACUCCCUAGCCCAGCAGUAUGACCUCAUGAUACUGGAAGAUGACCCUUAUUUUUACAUACAGUUUGCCAGGCCAUUUGUACCAAGCUUCCUGUCUCUAGAUGUGGAUGGAAGAGUGGUACGAUUUGAUUCGUUAUCAAAACUCCUGUCCUCAGGUAUGCGCAUUGGUUUUGUGACAGGACCUAAACCAGUUGUUGACCGUUUCACUUACCAUCUAAUGUGUUCCUCUAUGCAAGCCAGUGGUCUCUCGCAGAUGACACUAGCAAUGAUCCUAAAAGACUGGGGACUAGAUGGCUUCUUGGAGCAUACAGAGAAAACUGCAAAAUUUUACAAAAAUCGAUGCCAGCAAUGUCUGAAAGCAGCUGAAAAACACCUCACAGGUCUAGCUGAGUGGUCAGAGCCCUCUGGUGGGAUGUUCCUCUGGUUGAAGCUCCUGAACAUCACAGAUGCUCAUGAACUCAUCACAAAAAAGGCUUAUUUACGAGACGUUCUGUUUGUGCCAGGGAAUGUGUUCACAUUUGAUAGCAGUGCCCCCUGCCAGUAUGUCAGGGCUUCAUACUCGACAGCAUCAGAAGAGGAAAUGAAUGCUGCAUUUUCAAGAUUAGCAGAUCUACUCAAAGAAGAGACCUCAAAGAGCAAUUAAUGUUGACAAACUUUUUAACUUUUAUGGAAAAUAAGUUUACAAAAACUUUGUGCAAAUAAUGUAAUCAGACAGAUAAUAUAUCUCAGGAUUCACCAGUCAAAAGGUGAUUUUUUACACCGGUGAACACUUUAGGAACUCAAAAUGAUAUGAGAUUAUCAACAUAUUUUGAAAUAUAUGAAACAGAUGUUAUUUACAUUUAUUUUAAAUGUCUUGUUAUCAGGUUUUUGGGUUUGGUCACAAUUUUUUCCACCUUUUAUCUAAAAGGUGUUUUAAAAAUAUAUGUUCUGUCACAGACUUAGAUAAGUCUGUGGUUCUGUAAACCUGUUAGAAUAAUUAGAGUAGUUUCAUUUUAUACUCCUUUUUAUAUUUGCGUAAUCUGCCAUAGUCUAUAUGUAUUUUAACAUGUGUAUGUGUGUUUUCAUAAUAUAGCUAGUAUGAGGUUUGUCUAUCUGAUUGAAGAUACAGGCAUUUAUCUUAUUGCGUUGCAUCUGAUCAGGGUUUAUUAUAUCUAGAACAUAGUAUACAAAGAUAGGGUCCCUUGCAAGAGGGAAAGUGCAAACGUAAAAAAAUUGUGAGAUAUUUUACUUUAAAAUUAAACUCCUCGAAAUGGCAUAUAUGUCUGCAUACAUAUUUAUUUUGAUUUUUUUUGGACAAUGUCAUGGUGAUGAUAUUUUGACUACAUUAAUUCAAUGUGAUCACUUUUGCUGGGAGAGUGGAUGUUCAGUAAAAAAAAAAUGGGAAUGCAGUUAUUCUACUCAAAAAUGAUCUGCUUGUUCCAUCUGUAUACCUCUGUUUAUAAUGUAAUAUAUCAUGUCAAUAGGUGAGAUCACUGCUGUCAAUUUAUGCUGCAUAUUUUAAAAUAUAUAUAUUUAUGGGAUGUUGUGAUGGUGUAAUGGUAAGGCAGUCUGGAAUAUUCUUGGCUAAGCUUUUCUGAUGUCAGAUUGUGAGUUUGAGACCCAGUCUUCCUUCGUGAAUUGUGUUACAAUGGCUAAAAAUAUCAAUAAAUUAACAUAAUGCAA